AUUUGAGGUCAUAGUCAAUCAAGGUGACGCCGGACUGAUGACCUUGGACCGGUUUAAAACUAUAAGCUCCUUUGAAUUCAAGUUGGGUUUUUUUUAAGCACCGUAAGUUUUUCAUCUCUCUCGAAACUGAAAUAACGUGUUACCAGUUUUGCACUUCUGGAUACAAAUGAGCCUACCGUAAAUUUGUCUGUGGGUAAGAUUAGUUUGUGUUCUCACAUUAAUCACUGUGUUUGGAUAUCGCUUUCUUUCUUUAAUAUGCCACUGCUUAAGAACUGUCCAGCAAUUUAGAAACACUUUUCUUGAGAGAAAAAUGUCAUUCUUGAUUAUGAAUGUAGUUAUAAAACAGAAUCAUAAAUUUCAAUUAGGUUGCAGAAUUUUUUUGAAUGAUAAUUAUACUAAAAGUAAACCAAAUAACACGGAUACCCGAAAUCACUACAAGAAAAUAACGAAUGGCAAAUGAAAUUUCCUGAGGAAUGUUUGUUGACGCCUUAUCUUCUGUUGCUUGAUAGAUGUCAAAUACGCUGUUUCAGAUUAAAUCAAUUAAUAAAGCCAACAAUAAUAUACUUACUAUCUUCAUGUAACCUAUUGUCAUCAUUAUGAAUUUUUAACAAAACAGGUCAUACACCAGUAUUUUGUUUAGUAACGGUCUUUUGUUGCAUUUACAACGUAUUCAUAAGUUUAGACUUAUACUGUUUAAGUCUAGGAUAACGAAAAUAAUAACGUUCUUCCCCUUCGGGAAAGUUCUGAAAUUCGUUUUUAUUCCAUGCAAUAUCAGAGUACUUUAUAAGCACAGAAAAGUUUAACAAAUGUUACAGUCACUGAAUGCAACCUCUUUUCACUAUCUCUGUUAGCACUGACUAAAAGUUACAGAUUUUGGAAAGAUGAAUACUACUGACCAAUAUGAAUUAUUUCUGUGCGUGGAUUUGAUCAUUACUUACAUAUAUUACUAACAUGUGCAACUUGGCUUUAUUUUAGUACUAUGAUAAACGUUUUUGAUAAAAGGUAUUCAUAGUUUAUCUAGUAACCGUAUAGCACCAAAAUUUGCAAAAACUUAGCGGAAAAUAUAUCCCCGUUAUUUUUGGUCUUCAUCCCAGCCUCAUCGUAUGACAGGAAUUUAAACGAAGUCAUGUAUGGAUAUUAUUAUUUUCACGUUUUACCUUUUUAAAGGUCUUGUAAAUAUGUGCUGUUCAUCUUGAUGUUGCAAUAUUUUGUGAUGAAAUGAUGGCGAGUUUAUAGAUGUGGCAUUUAUUCAAUAAUUUAUGUGAAUUGAUCACGUGAUAGCUGUUCACAAAAUAAUCUUACAACAUAGAUUUCCGGAUGUACUAAUGACAGUAGGCCACUUGAACAACCAGGACGCGGUUUAUCUACCAAUCGCAUAUAGGAGCAGCAUUCAGUUUGAUAGAGUUGUAAUUCAUAGUUAGGUUUCUUAUACGGUCCAGAAGUGCAACUAAGACUAUACUAGAUCUUAUGCAACGAUGAGUAUUGCAUGAGAAUAAGGAGAUAGACUAAAAUUUGAAUUGACGCUUUUAUAUCUCAAUAAAUGUAAAUGAACUAUUCUAACAUCUUAAUGUAUAUCAUAUUAUUAACAGGGUCUUGGUAAAGAUAUAACAGCUAGCAAGAAGGAGGUUCAACUACACUCAGCAUCUCACGCUCUGAUUACUAUACAGAAGUCACCAUAUUAUUUUUAAUAACUGGUUUUUGGUCAAAAUUGACAGCUCACAACAGCUGAAUUAAUAUUUCAAAUAUUGAUGUCUACGUUUAUAUUAGCGAUAAAGACCUCAUACUAACCUUCAGAAUAUGAUCAAAUAACCUGUUUAUUAUCUUUAUAUAGCAGUGGGUUUAACUGAAAUUGUGUAAAUACUGAGUUUAUAUUAGCCAAUUUGAAUAAAAGAUACUUCAGUAUUCCUAACUUAGUGUCGAUAUGUUGUACCUAUAUUAGAUUAUGUUCAGUCUUCUGUAGAUCCUACUACGGAGUUGUUGUGAAGUACGAUAUAAAGAUAAUAAUUUAUUUACCGAUAUUGAAUUUUUCGCUUCUUUUUGUGAUAAUAACAUAGUAUACGCUUUUUUUCUGUGUUUACAUUGAUUCUUUACAACAUUUUGGGAUAGCUAAAACAAUUCUGUUUUGGAAAUAUUUCUCUAGCUUUUGCAAAUCAGUCCUAUUUUAGAAGGACGUUUGCUAAAUACACUUGAAAUAAGAUUUGGUUUUCCCGUUUUUAACCUUUUUCACAAAAUAAUGUUGGAGGUAAUGUGUUGUCUUUUUUCAAGUUUUCCACCACGUUUUAUUGAGAUGAAUCUUUCAGUUUUUAAUUUUCAGGACUAUUUCUCUAGUAAUGUACAUCAGAUAUUCAAAUAAUCGUUUCCUUAAUGCAGGUGGGAAAUACAGAAAGCUUUCAACCCUCGAAUCAUCAAGUACAUCUGUCUAUCCUGUAGCUGAUCUAAUGAGAGCACGUGCUGAGUUUAUUCACCAAUGGAAUGUAUCGAUGUCCAACCAUUCUGUAGCCAAGUCAAUCAAAAGUGAUCAUUACAAAUACCCACCAAAUAUAACUAUGAGAAAUUAUCUAGAAUAUCCAUUUCAUGAUAAUGCACCGGAAGUAUUUCCGUUUCUUCGGACUACAAAAAAUAUAAACACAACCCAAGUGGUAAAGUCUAAAGUUGUAGAACAGUCACUUGAACGUCGUAAAGUUGAAAUUAAAGUCGAUAAUAUAUCUGAUAAAGAAUUUAGGCGUGUUUGUAUGCUGCUCACUGAUAAGGCUUGUUUAUUUGAAGAUUCUGUACAAUUAGCUAAUCAAUAUCAGUGCAUAUCAGCAUGCUAUUUUAUUUGUGAUUAUUGUGAUUACAUUGGUAAAACAGAGAAUGAUGCCCAGAUACAUUUGCAACAAACAAAUCAUUUGACAUGCAGUAAAUAUUCACCUUGCUAUUAUACAAAUGAUUGCAAUGACAUGUCAAGUGAGCUGCAAAAGCCACGUGUUAUCUCUAAUAAUUCAGACAGAAUCUAUGGUUGGCAUGUUGGUGAUACAGUAGUGUGCUGUCCUACUUGUAAUUUACCAUUCUUGGAUAAGAUUAUGUGUGCAUAUCACCACUGCUUACAACAUACUGAAAACCAGUCUCUCUUUACUUACGGGAAGGUGUUGAUUGUAAGAGUUUUAAAAAUUCAAGAACCACUGGUAUGUCCUGGUUGCCAACAAUAUUUUCAUACAUUAGAUAAAAUUAUGAAUCAUUGGAUUACUUCAUCUCGUUGUAAUUCACCGUUUAUGCCAAUUUCAAACAAUAAGGAUUGUUUAGAUGCUCUUUGUGUUCUCUCUGUAUCAUGUAGCAUCUGUCAACGUAGUUUUACAGCAGUUCCAUCGUUGGAAAUAGAAGCUGAUCAUCCUGGUCAGAAGAGAAAACAUCCGUCAAACAGAGAAAAUACCUACAGGUCACCAGCUUCUUGGGCAAAAGAUUUUGGUCAUUUUUGUAUUCGUCAUGCCUUUGAACAUAUAAAUCAGGGUAGAUUUCCUUUGUGUAGCUUGAAAAUACGGAUUAUAAGUGUACCGAAACCUGUUAACUGUCUUCCUCCCAUCACUAGUACAAAUAAUUCAAGCAGAUUGCAUUUUAACCUCAGCGAAUGUAAACGUCUUAUUUCAUAUCUUGAAAAUCAUGAAUGGAAUUCCUAUUUACUUAAACAGGCUCAGAAAAGCUUUAGAGAUUUAUUUUUCGACGCUGUUUCCUAUGUCUCAUAAAUAAGUUUUUUUCAUAUCUCCUCCAAGUAACUUUUUAUUUUAAAAUGAGCAUUUAUAUUGUUCUUAUCCGUAUCUUGUGUAAUGAUAAUAAUCUGUAGUUAAUUUAAUUUUUCUUCUUUAAGUUUGUCUUUAUGGAUAGAAACUGUACCGGAUACGAGCAGAUUUAUGUACCAAUAUAUGUUGUGUUUAUCUACUUUGAAGGAAACAUUUAUUGUGGUCGUUUGUUUCUGAUGACUCUAUCACUAAUCUUCGUAUUAUCUUGUAGCCUCCAACCCUGUUUCACACAUUUUAUGACUAUUUUCUAAGAGACAAUGUUGUAGACUUCUUAUUCACAAGCUCUAAAUUGCUGCUGUGGCUCUUUUAUCUAAUGGUUUGUUUCUUGACUUUUCGUGCCAAAUCCACUAAUUAAUUUAAUUAUAAUAUAAAACGCUGUGUAUUACCAUAUCAUCUUACAGUGGUAAAAUAAUUGAAUCUCACGAAAUUAUCCUAUAACUAAGGAUGCAUAGAAGGCUUUAUCCAUUUGAUUAAAUAAUUAGGUUUUAAAAACUACGUUCGGAGAUUUGAUUUUCGUCUUUGUGAUAUUUGGAUAUCUAACUUUCUUGCCUUUGAAUAUCAUAGUUGCGAUAAUAUAAGUGGCUAGUGUAACACAGCCCUACUCUCUGUUCACAUCCUAGUUUUUUUCGUUCGGAACUAUAUCCCUAACACUUGAGUUUUACAUUGAGUCUGCUAAACAAUAGUAGGACAUCAAACAUCUAAUCUACUUUUUAUUGAUCCAAGUACUUGAAAUUGCAGAGUGGUGAUAAGACGACUGUCAAAACUCGUUAGAUUUGUUAAGUACUCAGUUAAAUUGUCAGUGUCUACUGAAACAUAUGGUUUAGAUAAUUUCAUUGGAAUCAUAAACCGAUUAAUGUUGUCAUUAUUGAAAACCUGGGAGCACUAAACGACCGUUUCGCCCUAGUAUGGGGCUCCUCAACAGCGCUCAUUUGCGAUCCCCCACUCUGCAUUCGAACCUAAGCCCUUCGGCCUCGCGAACGCUUAACCUUUACAUCACGGAGUCGGCGUCUAACGGCGUUACUGUCUAUCUUAAACCAAUCGAAGGUGUUGCACGAUCAUCUGCCAUUGUUGAUUUCAAUGAAAUCCAAUAAUCUCCACAACUCCAAAGUGAAGAUUUCGUUAAUAUUUGAUAACUUUAUAAUGUAGUGAUUUUCCAUAAAUUUCAAGGCGCUCUCGAUUAUAUGUAUGUAUAGCUGCCGUGUCGACCAUUUAAAUUACUGAACUCAUCGGUUAUGAGAAAGAGGUACUAUCCAACAUUUGUUUUUGUUAAGGGAAAUUUUUUGUACAAGACGACAAUGUUUCUGAUAUUUUUGGGACGGGUUGACGCUGUUGUAUACAAAUUUAGUGUGGUGUUUGAAUGAACUAAUGGUACCUUUGUACUUGUUGAAUGCUCAAUUUCGAAUUCCAAAUACAAUACAUUCGUUUGUGCUUGUGUCGUAGUUCUUGAUUCAGUUGCGUUAAUUCUGGGAUUCCUAGUUCAUACGAUAAUUCAAAUACUUUCAAAUAUUACAUUUAGUUAUUUAUUUUUAUUGCUCUUUUGUAAUAUCCUAAAUUUCUGGCAUUUUUCUAUUAUUUGUUACUUUUUCCUACGGUAUACAACUGGUCAUCGAUUUAAUUAUUUCCAAAUAUUGCAAGGAUGAAGAUUUAAGCAGAAUAAUAUGAAUUCGUUUGGUUCUUGUCAGCUGCUCACAACCCACAGCA